UCGACACCAUUGCCGAAGACAAAAGCAGGCUCAUCUAGGUGCCCAAGAUCGUCCAAAACGCAGUUGAAGACUGCUACCAGCAUGGAUGAGCUGAAUCUUCCCAAUUUGCCUGUUUGGAAGCUGACCAUUUCUGAUGACAAUCGUCCUGAUCUGGAGCAAAGUGUGAAAGCAAAGGAAGCAAGGGCUACUGCGGCGACACCUCAUUUUAUUAAAGCGAAGCAAGGCUCAUCGGAAGACGGUCUGUCUUCGCCUUUUAGCUUCUCAAUUCAGAAGAGCGGGAUAGCACUGCCUAGUCCAUGCCUGAAGACAGCAUUGCGAGGCAAACAACAUGUGUUCUCUCCAAUAUCAGAGGGCUCAAGCAAGGACGGUGUUCUCAGUGCUGGAGCAGCUGAGAGUGACAACAAGCCUUCUGCAGCCUCUGAUGACAUGUUGUCUGAUGAAAAGGAUCUGGCAUCAAGGUAUCCAGACAUGUAUGGGUUUAAUCUACCCGCUGGAGAUAUACGCCGAAGGAGAGAAGCUGAUGAGGCUCUUGACUGGUUUUUGUCACCCCUCAAGACCUGUGUGUUAAUGGAUCCCAGUCCAACAGAUGACAAGCCUAUUCCAGUUCAAGCAAAGGAUACUCCUUGGAAAGGUCUGGAAAGCAGUAAAAUGAAGGGGAGACAGGAACUUUCAGAUGCCAAUCCCAUCCAAACUCCAGCGGUUGGUGGUACUCCCUGGAAAGGCUUGGAAAGCAAUAACCUGAAGGGAAGGCUUGAUCUUCCAGAUGACAAUCCCAUCCAAACUCCAGCGGUGCAUAGCAAGGCCUUGCUUGGUACUCCCUGGAAAGGCUUGGAAAGCACUAACCUGAAGGGAAGGCACGCUGGUGAAACCACACUCAAGAAGGAACUCUGGACCAGAUUUGAGGCGGUCUCGACCAACGAUCUGCACUUUGAUAAGUCAGUCUUUCAGAAGUCAGAUGGAAGACGUUUCAUCGACAUGCUUGAGGAGGAAUCAUGAUUGCAGAGACUGGAACUGCGGUACUGGCCAUUGAUAUCCAAUCCUUUUGUCUAU